AUGAGAUGGAUCGUUGAGUUUGUGUACGAUUGGACAGCGUGGUUGUAUGAGUUAGUGAUUUAUUACUUAUGCUGGUGCUAUGGGAACAAAGUAUCGGAUAUACAAGAAACGCGGCAGAUAGAAGUUGGCACAGUUGACGAGAAUGCUAAACAUAAGAAGCACAAUAAAAUAAAGACCUCCAAAUACACGGUGCUUUGGUUCAUUCCCAAAAAUCUCUCCGAGCAGUUCCGAAGAGUCGUCAACUUCUACUUCCUCAUAGUCACUGUUGUAGCGGUUGUUAUAGAUAGUCCAGUUUCACCAUUCACAAGUAUAGCGCCGCUAUCCUUUAUGGUGCUUGUGACUGCUUUGAAGCAGGGUUAUGAAGACUGGUUGCGGCACAAGUCUGACAACAGUGUGAAUAAUCAGAUUGUGGAAAUAGUUCACAAAGGCUUGAUCAAAGAAGUGAGAAACUCUAGUAUCGCUCCUGGGGCGUUAGUCAGAGUGCGUCGUGGCAGAGAAGUUCCCGCGGACCUAGUGCUGCUAUGUUCCGCUGGAGAAAAGGGCAAGUGCUUUGUGACCACAGCGAAUCUCGAUGGAGAGACGAACUUGAAGUCUUUGAGGGUGCCCCCACCCUUGGUGGGGUAUACGCCAGAUAUCUUGCCUCAAGGCAUGAAGAUCGAGGUGCCUCAUCCUGUAACAGAUUUAUACACAUUCUAUGGCAGGCUGGAGAUCCCUAACCGGGAUAGCCUAGUACUCACUCCGGACAACCUGAUGCUGAGGGGUUCUAGAGUCAAGAACACUGAGUGGGCUAUAGGAUGUGCAGUUUAUACAGGCGAAGAAACAAAACUAGCUCUAAAUUCGAAGUACGCGGGUAACAAGUUUUCAUCAUGCGAGCUUGCCAUCAACGGUUUCCUCGUCUUCUUUAUAAUGGUUCUGAUCAUGGAAAUUUUUGUCUCUCUCUUGACGAAAGUCCUCAUAGAGCGAUUUAACCCCGAGAGAGAUUUGUAUUUAGGACCAGCACCCGAGAACCCGACUUCGAUAGGCAAUUUGCUACAAGAUCUGUUCUCAUUCUUACUGUUGUAUUAUUACAUCAUACCCAUGUCGUUAUACGUCACAAUAGAGCUCUACAAGUUUAUAGGCGCUCUUUUCAUCGGUUGGGAUGAGGAGCUACGAUGUGAAGAGACAGGCAGGCCAGCGGUGGCAAACACUUCAGAUUUGAACGAGGAAUUGGGCCAAGUGCAAGUGUUGUUCUCUGAUAAAACAGGCACUCUUACUAAAAACCUGAUGGUGUUCAAAGCAUGUUCGAUCAAGGGUCAUAUCUAUGAGGAGAAGGAUUCUAAGCUGUACAAUACCGAGAGGUUUGAAGAAACAGUGGAUACUCUUCAGACAGAUAUCAAAUUCUUCUUUACAAUCCUCGCUCUUUGUCACUCUGUUCAAAUAUCAAACGAGGACAUGAAGAAAUUGAGUGCCCGUUUUUCAACAAACGGUAAUCUGCAGCUAAUGAAUUUUUUCCGGCGAAAAAAAAUCAAAACGGUCAACACCGGAGUUUUAGAUAAUAUCGCUUGGAGUACGAUUAUUAGUCCAAAUGGUAGUAACAUGGAUUAUCAAGGAAGUAGUCCUGAUGAGAAAGCGCUGGUUGAAGCAGCUGAUAGAGUUGGAGUGACUUUCCUGGGUGAGGAAGGGAACAAUCUCUUGUUAAAAAUUGGAGAACAUACAGAGAUAUACGAGAGAUUGCAAGUGAUUGAAUUUACUUCAGAGAGGAAGAGGAUGUCUGUUAUCUUGAGAGAUAAGGACGGUAAGAUUUGGUUGUUUUGUAAAGGCGCUGAGAGCUCAGUCUUUCCUUUAUGUAAGGAUUCUGCCCUUAUAGAAGAAACUGAUAGAGAUAUAAACACAUUCGCCAACAAAGGUCUCAGGACGUUGGCGGUGGCUUAUAGAGAAAUACCUAAGGAAGAAUAUGAUUCAGUUGUCCAAGCCGUAAAACGUCUUGACGGCCGGAAUGCGGAAGCCCUGCAGCAAGUGACGAAGCAGUACCGUGUCCUGGAGCGGCAGCUGACGCUGGUGGGCGCGACGGGCGUGGAGGACUGCUUGCAGGACGACGUGGCUGACACGCUCGCCGCACUGCGCCGCGCCGGCAUCGCCACGUGGGUGCUCACCGGGGACAAGAUAGAAACAGCUAUUAACGUCGCUCAGUCGUGCGCUCAUAUCUCCGAAAAUGAUAGAAGAAUAUUUCUAGUAGGUAUAGAAACGAACGAAGCGCUACAGGCGCAUUUACAAGAAUGUGUACGAAUCACCUGCGAGCCGACCUAUAAGGACUUGACGUUGGUCGUCGACGGAAUGAGCAUGAGUUUAAUAUUGGAUAGACCAGCUGCAGCAGUAUUCGUUAACAUAUCGAUCAGAUGUAAAGCCGUGCUGUGCUGUCGACUCUCACCAAUACAGAAAGCAAAGAUAGUACGUCUAAUAAAGAACAGUCCGAGUAAACCAAUAACGGCUGCGAUUGGUGACGGCGCCAACGACAUCUCCAUGAUACAAGAAGCACACGUUGGGUUUGGCAUCUUCGGCAAGGAAGGGUACCAGGCUGCCAGGUCUGCAGACUUUGCUUUCACAAAGUUCUCUAUGGUGAAGAAAAUCCUACUAGUGAUGGGACACUGGUACUACCAGAGACUAGCAACUUUAAUACAUUAUUUCUUUUAUAAAAAUCUAGUCUUGGGAAAUAUUAUGUUUAUAUUCCAAAUCUACACGGUGUUCUCAACGCAGUCGAUUUACGAUUCGAUGUACCUGACGUUGUAUAACCUCGCGUUUACGUCUCUGCCGUGCCUCAUACUUUCCGUCACUGAGCAGAGGUGGCCUGCAGACCUGCUGCUCAAGAACCCGACACUGUACCGAGACAUAAGACACAACAAAUUGAUGGCCUGGUCACAUUUCUCGAUGUGGUGCCUCUCGGCCACUUACCACUCCUUAAUCAUAUAUUUCUUCACCAAGCUGUUGAUCGCCCCGUCUAUCAUCACUCCGGAUGGCAAGAACGUAGAUUUGUGGACUUUCGGUGCAGCUUUGUUCCACCUAAUGAUGUUAAUCGUCAGUCUCAAGUUGUGGCUCCAAGCUCGCUAUCACACGCUGAUUUUCGUCGCAUCCAUCAUAUUGUCUAUGGUAGUCUAUAUGAUUUUCAACACAAUAUACUCAUUGUUCUACUGGCAAAUUGACGGUGACGUAUUAGGUACAUACACCAAACUUCUAGGCUCAUUAUCGUUUUGGGCUCUAAACUUCGUCGUUGUAGUGGCCUGUUUUGCGCCUGACUUCAUAGUGAGACUGGUGUCUGACAAGUGGGGCAAAAGAGUAACUGAGAACAUCAAGACACAACGCGUAUUCUCUACGAGACUGUGA